GUCCAGAGUUCACCUGCCGUUUACUUGGUUUCAUCCUCUCUUACUCUUGAGCUAUUCGCCUCGAUUUUUUCCUCCUCUGCUAGAACUGUGUUUCUCAGGAGAUCCAUUCCUUGAAGGCAGGAGUACGGCUGAUUGUGGAUUGCUGAGCACAGGGGCCUGAUUGAGAUGUCACAUGGAAUAGCCACCUGCUCUGAGGUGACAGGAAAUCACACAAUCUACAGCAUUUAGCACUUGGGUGCUCUUAACAAAAUCCAGGGGGAGGGGAUGAAAACCCCAGAGUGUCUUGACUUCACUGGAGGGGUCUGAUGUUAUUUCACUCACUUUUACCACACCUAUCCAAUCAGAGGAGGGGCUGAUUACAAGGACUGGAAUGGCUUGAUUCACAUACAGUAGCAGUAUGACCGGAAGACAUCUCCAUAACUGAAGACAGGAUGUUGCUGUGGAACUCUACACGUUCAGUGGAUCUGCUGGGGAACAGCAGUCACACUGGGUUGGGCAAUGUGGAGCAGGUCCUAGUCCCGAUUUUAGAUGCACUGAUUCUGAUGCUGGGAGUUGGCGGGCACACAAUGGUGAUGGUGAUCCUAUGUAGAAGGCGGAGAAGGGGGUUGGGACGUAUUGGACAGUCUCAUCAAAGCUCCAUGACAGGCACAGGAACAGACGUCCUGCUGCUGGGUCUGAGCGCUGCAGACCUGCUUUUGCUCUCCAUGCUUCCCUUCCACACUGUGUCCAUAGCCAUGCAGCAAUGGCCAUUUGGGGACGUCAUGUGUCGUCUGGUGGGCUUCAUGGGAUCGGCCUGCUCCUCGGCCAGCGUCUUUACACUUGCCACGCUGGCUGUCUCUCGCUAUUUGACAGUGGUGCAGCCUGCCAGAGCCUACUGUCUCCUCUCCACUCGCCGGGUGUCCAUAGCUGCUGUGCUCCUCUGGGUCCCGGCCUGCUGCCUGGCUACUCCUCAGCUGGUUUUUCGCUUUGUGGGAACCCAGCGCCGAGCCGAUGAUGGCCUCGCUUGCUUUGCUUUCCUGUUCCACCACGACCAGCUGAUCUAUGGAUUGUUCCACUUCCUGGUGGCUUUCUUGCUUCCACUGGUCACCAUUGCAGUGGCGUACAGCAGAAUCUACAUUUUUCUGUGGGCAAGUCAGCAUGACGGCAGGGCCCCCCAAGUAGAGCGCUACCAGAGCAAAGUGACCCAGACGUCGGCAAUGUUAGUGCUGGCUUUUACCCUAUGUUGGCUGCCGUCCUAUGGCCUGACGCUGGCCUUAUUGGCAGAUGAAAGCUCAGGGGCCAUAGGCGCCUCGCCACGUUAUGGCCCUUUCAGCGUGUUUGCACGCCUAAUGGCGGCCUCCUCUACAGUGAUGAACCCAAUCCUCUAUGUGCUGAUGUCCCAAAAGUUCAGAGAAGACCUACUGAGGUUGUUCAAGGGGGGAGGGCAAAGAGCCAGUGGGAGUGUGGCUAUGGCUGCUGCCUGACAGUAUUACUAUCAACAACUAUCACCUACUUAACAAAGCAACAGACAGCACUUAAAACAACAGACAAUUCAACAUAUUUGUUUCUUAACAUUAACUGGUUGUCUGGAUAUUGUACAAGAAGAUCAAGUGGACAAUCCUGAAUCAUGCAUUCCUUGUAAAACAGUUUGAAGUAAAGGCACUUUGGUAAAACAUUAACAGCGCACCUGUGUUUUGUUGUGCUGAGAUAAAGUGAAUGAAGGUCUAUCUGUAUGGUCACAAUCUCCCCUUCUGCUCCUGAGUUAUGGUGUUAAAUAAUGGAUUAAAAAAGUUGACCAUG